AUGUCUGAGCCCUCGUGGACGGAGUGUUUCCUGCAGGCACCUCAUGGCCAAAGUAAUUCCCAGGAGGUUUGGCUUUUCCGCAGCGACACAAGCAGCGGCUUUGAAAAAUUCCUGAAGCAUCGGCACUUUGAUUCAGAAGACAAGGCCACUUGCCGCAGCAUCAACCCAGACAGCAGCAUUCAAUGCUUGGAGUGCACCCGAGUUAUUUUUGGGGGCGUCUAUGGUUCCUUGGGUGUCGUUGUUCCAACGUACCCACCGGAGACAUAUGCAGCUGGCUGUCUCUCGAGAAACCGUAUUGUCGAGGCAGAUUUUGAUGAUGAUGACAACUAUGAUGGAAAUCCCACGCGUGAGGUCGCACUGUGCAACUCGCAUCGAGGGCACUUGGACUCAGUGCCUUUGUUCCAGACUGACUGA